ACUUUCUUUUAUUGCUAGCUUUUGAACCCUCACCUCACGCCCCCUAAUUGUCUCCCUCUCUCUGUGUUCUGCAACUCAACAAUUUGAGACCCACUUUUGCUCUAUCUUUCUUAGUUUCUUUAAUGUUUAUGGGCAUAAUAGGAAAGCAAAGAAAGAAAGAGAGAUCAUGACAUGGUGCAAUAAUAACCCAGAACCAGAAGCCAUUCAAGUAGCAGUCACACGAACCCCUAAAGACAACAACACCCUAAUCGAUGAUGUUCGUACCAUAACAUGCCCUUCCUGUGGCCAUUUCAUUCAAAUUCAAUCUCAGCAGGGGGGACAAAGAGGAGGAGGAGUAGAGGAUUUGGCAGGGCUACCAGCAGGAGUGAAGUUUGAUCCAAGUGACCAGGAGAUACUUCAACAUUUGGAGGCCAAGAUAUUAUUAUCGGACACUCGAGGGUUCAACUCGCUUAUUGAUGACUUUAUUCCAACAAUAGAGGGGGAGAAUGGUAUUUGCUAUACCCACCCAGAGAAGCUCCCAGGAGUAAGCAAAGAUGGCCAAAUUCGACACUUCUUUCAUCGACCUUCGAAGGCGUACACGACCGGAACAAGGAAACGGAGAAAGGUACAUAGAGAUGAAGAUGGAAGUGAGACAAGAUGGCACAAAACAGGCAAGACAAGGCCAGUCUUCAUUGAUGGAACAGUCAAGGGAUUCAAGAAGAUUCUAGUGUUAUACACCAAUUAUGGAAGGCAAAGGAAGCCUGAGAAGACUAAUUGGGUGAUGCACCAAUACCAUCUUGGCAAUGAUGAGGAAGAAAAAGAUGGUGAGCUAGUUGUGUCUAAGGUAUUCUGUCAAACUCAGCCAAGACAAUGUGGUUCAAGCAUCAAGGAUUCUUUUGAUAGAAGAUUGAAAAACCCAAGUCAUGAUCACCACAAUAACCCUACAAACAAACCCACCACUUACUACAAUCCUUCUUUUAUUGGUUUUGAUCAUGGGAGUCGUAGUAGAAUGCUUUGAAUAUAUGUUAGGGCUAAGCAGUUGUAAAAAGUCAUUUUGAGUAUUGCUAUUGAUGUUGUGUGGUACUUAUUAAAAAAUUUUUUUGAUGUUGUGUAGUGUAAUUGAAUAAUUUAUUAGAUAGGGAAUUUGAAAAGAAGAGAAGUGAAUGAUAAGGUAGAUAUAUAGGAAGUGUCUUUUGUGAAAGGCAGAGGCAGGUUCUUUGGAAGAUUUUGAAGCAAGGACAUUGGCCAAUGGUGCCUCUGUGCCCCCUAUUAUAAAAAAGACGAGUUACAUUAAUAUAGAGAUAGAUGCAAGCCUGCUUGACCUCGUAUGAAUCCAGUUUUUCUUAGGUCUUA